UCUUCCAACCGGCACACACUUGUUCGUUGCUAGUCUGAUCUGAUCGAGAAGUAGCCGAAUCCACCGACUCGUCCAGCAAAGUAAAAAUGUUUCGUUACGGCAUUUUCUUAUUGAUUGCUUGCAGCAUUGCUGCCGCCACUGCAUUCGAGUGGGACGUUGUUGCUGAAAGCGAAGUUAGCGAGAGGCAGUACACUUGCUCCGGCACUUUGGUAAGAAAUGCUGAUGGAACCACAUCCUGCGUCACACAAAUUGGAGUCUCCAGCACUGGUUAUCCCAUCUACAAAGUCACCAACUUGACCACUGGCGUUACCAGUUACGUGACACAGACCGGCUACAAUGCUUAUGGCCAGCCUGUUUACAGCGUGACUAGCACCUAUCCCAUGACCACCUACGUCAACACCUGCACGGGCACUUUGGUGACAAACAGCGACGGCACAACUUCCUGCGUGACCCAAGUCGGAACCUCGAGCCUCGGCUACCCCAUUUACGCUGUGACUAACUUGAACACCGGAACCACCAGUUACGUGACACAGACUGGCGUGAGCUCCACUGGCACGGCCGUCUACAGCACCUCCCCCACCUAUACUUGCGGAACCACCAGCUCCGUGACUACUUGCUCUGGAACACUCGUCACCAACAGCGAUGGCACUCGAUCCUGCGUCGUCCAAGUCGGAACUUCGAGCACUGGCUACCCCAUCUACCAGGUCACCAACCUCAACACUGGAACUACCACUUACGUUCAGCAAGUUGGCACCAACACAUCUGGACAGCCCGUCUACAGCACCACCAGCGUCUACCCCGUCAACACCAGCUACACCUGCGCAGGUACUUUGGUAACCAACAGCGACGGCACCAAGUCGUGCGUGACUCAGGUUGGAACCUCUGUCAACGGCUAUCCCAUUUACCAAGUCACCAACUUGAACACGGGCGUCACCAGCUACGUUGAACAGACCGGCAUCAGCUCAACUGGCCAGCCCGUCUACAGCGUCACUCCUUACUUCCCCACUGGUUCUCUUGCUACCACCACGGUUGCCACUACCACUACCACGGCUGCAACUACCACAACGGCUGCUCCCACCACAACGGCUGCUCCCGUAACAACGGCUGCUCCCGUAACAACGGCUGCUCCCAUAACUACUGUUGCUCCCGUAACUACGGCUGCUCCCGUGCCCAAUCCUUUCGUCUACUAAGUACCCGAUUAUCCCCAGCCUUUGAAGUAAUAACAGUUAAUAACAAACAUGCGCUAUCGACCUGAUGCAAUUUAUUUGUAUCAUGCAUAAAUCGUGCUGUAUUGACUUUCAUACUUUGAGGUUCCCUGCUGUCAAGGUGAUGGAAAUAAAUGGUUAAAACGCAAAAAUAUACAGAAUUAUCAUGCAA